UGAGGGAGAUUCCCGGUCGGUCCCAUGGAAAUGCUACGUUGACGUCAAUGAACAGAAUUGAACAAGUCAGAGAAUUCGAGAACUGACGUAUUUUGGACGGCUUGUAUAUCUUGUUUUCCGCCAUCAUUUGACGAGUACAUUGGACUGUUUAUUUCAGAUAAAAUUAAUUGACUAGAAUAAAACCUGGCAUCUACCCCGCCUUGGGAUCUAGCAAGGUACAUCUCAGCACACCUUAGCCCUUUGUGGCUCCCCUAUCUACGUACAUUGCUGUAGGACAUGUGGAACAGAAUCUGGCUCUAUGUCUACUUCACCUGGUUCCAUCCGAUGUUGAAGUGGGUGUUGAGACGGGCCACUGGCAAGUGUGAAUUGCUUCGCAUCUGUUGCAACAGCUACACUAAGACGGGGCACAAAACCAAGGAUAUUGAAAAUGCCUUGAAAACAUCAAAACUGAGGACUUUUCAGAGGAUGGUCGUUGACGAUGACCUGAACAUCUCAGAAGCCAUCAAGUAUACAAUGUCCAUCAAGGACAUCAGUCCUAAGAUCUACCCAGAAUUCUCAUCAACUCUGAAGGCAUCAUUGAGACAGAUCAGUGGAUACAGUUCUCUAGUGAGAGAUAUUGAGGCUCUAAAGAAAGAGAAGUACUCCUCUGCCAACCAGAGCCAUGAAAAGUCCCUGCAAAAGUUGUGGGAUCUGAUGAUGCCAAACACCAAAUUGGAUCAACGCAUCACAAAGCAAUGGGGAGAACUCGGUUUCCAAGGCGAUGACCCAGCAACAGACUUCAGAGGGAUGGGAAUCCUUGGACUGGACAACUUAGUGUUUUUUGCUGAGAACUACAAUGGAGAAGCAAGACAAACAAUGAUUCACUCACAGCAUCCUACGCUAUGGUACUCGUAUGCUAUAGUCGGUAUCAACUUGACCAGUCUGGUGUACGAUCUACUCAAAGAUGGACUGCUCAGGGAACAUUUCUACUAUACCAUUACAGGAGAACCAGCUAUAUACCAUUUUCAUAGGAUAUAUUGUCAAGUGUUCACUGAAUUUGAUCGCUUCUGGUUUGCUGAGAAACCUAAGAGCGUGAUGGAGUUUGGAAGUGUACGCGACAAAUUUGAGAAGAAGGUCGUUGGUUUGCUGAUGAAGAAUGAUAAUGCCAUUCUUCAUAACAAUUACACAGGCAUGUCAUGAUGCCAGGCUGGCAAUAACAAGUAUGGAGAUAAGUGAUAAGAUAUGCUUAGGAAAUUGAGCAGACUGAGCUCAUAAGCAAUGAUAAGCAAUGACGGACAUGCCACUCAUAGUGGCAUAGGUAGUGACAGAUAUAUCUCUUGAUUUUUACUGCAUACAUGUAUAUGUGCACAGAGGCAUGUGACUAUAUGCUUUCAAUUUUUUUAUGACACAUCAUGUAGUGGUAUUCAUUUUAAUCAUGAUAUUCUGGGUGUAAUUUUGUAAUUGAUUGUUACACCCCCCCCCCCCAUGAUGCAUUCAUUUCUCAAUGUAUUCACAUGCUUGAAUUAUCAUUCUAGUUGUGAUUUUGCGUGUUCCAUUGUAAAAUGAGACCGUAAGAAUACAUACACGUAGCCAAAUGCUGGUUUAUAAUUUCUUGUCCAAUAAAAUCAUUUUAGAGUUUCAUCAGAUUGCUACAUGCCUGUAACCGCAGGGUAUCAAAAACUUCAAGUAUUGUCCUGUUUGAUUUUAAAAUGUAGUGGGCUCAUUUGUUCCACCUACAAAUGUGAUAGGGCCUUAGGACUAGAGUAUGCUAUUCUAUUAGCAUGACCUUUGAGUUAAUUUUUCAAAAAUAUUCUUUUAAAAUAAGUGGCAAUACCUGCUGUUACACAUUGUUUAAGCUCCUGCAAGGCUUCAAUUAGCUUCUACUUACUGCUGUGACUGAGUCCUGAGCAAUCACCAUGGUACGACAUCCCAAUCUAACCAAUGCUUUUCUUAUUCAACAGUCUGAGUCAGGCUGACACAACUUUUUUCUUGUCUUUGUAAUAAUUGUAUACCGGGUUCAUGUAUUUUCUUUGAAAUUGAACCCUGUCUCUUGAUGAGCAGAGGGCUGGUUGGAGAGCGGUAUGCAAUUAGUCAUACAUCAUGCAUGAAUAUGACUAGUGCAAUAGUCAUUAAAAGAGUAAUGAACAUCAAUGACCGUGAUUACAUGUUACAUAUACUAUACAGAGCAUUGAAAAGCAAUAAGGGGCAACACAAAUAUUAACAUUUUAUAGGAAUAAGGAUUAUCAUCAGAGUGACUCUGUCAAUGCUGUGACUUAUAUUUCAUCCUUUUAUGUGGUGACCAAUUGUGUAUCAAGAAUGCAUCUUUCUUGACUUGCAUUUAGAACAUUUAGUUUUGCCUAUAUGAGCAAGUUCUCUAUGGACCAAAUAUGAAUUCAUUGGAGUAAAAUAAAAGUGAAGGAUGUAUGUAAUCAUGUUAAUGAAACUUAUUUCAGCAUUUGUAUACAUGUAGUUGUACAUGUUGCCAGAAUUCAUUAUUUUAUGCAUUUGUUGAGGAAAAGUUUGACUGUCUCAAAAGUACUUCAUGUGUUUUGUCAAGUGGAAAGAGUGUGUGUAAAGUUAGAUGUAUGUCAUACAACUCAACUGUUCAUGUCAAUCAAAGAGAAAGAUUAAACAUAUCUAGAGUAUUCAUUUCAAACACAAAAUCACUAACAGAUUUAUCCAUUUUAUUACCAGCAGCAAAUUCAGUACUGGCUUUCAAAAGAGUUUGAUGUGCAUGUAGUUUUAGCGCUUGUUGACAGUGCUUGAGAUUUGUGAAGUUUUAUACACCAGAGCCCAUUUCUCUGUCUCGUAGAAAAUAUGCAGACUGUUUAUCCAUUGACUACUGAAUUAUCGUAUUCCACAUAUGUUUAAUACAGAAACUACCCACUUCCAUAGGCAGUGGGUUAACUAAAUAGGCUGCUAUUCAUAAAGACCUACAAACUGAAGUUCACGUUAAGACCCAGGCGUCCCACUGAUUUAUGGAGCGCCAAACUCUGUAUCCUAGAAAAUUACUGUCUAUAAUCAAAUGAAUAAACAAUUGUGCAAUUAUGAAACCAAUGUUCAUUUUUGGUUUUCUAGCUUCUUCAUACUUUUGAAGAUUAUUUAGCGGGUGAAUUACAUGUACAUACCAACAUCUCAACCCUUCCUGUGUAUAGUACAUUUAUAUUGAUUACCUACACUGACAAGGGUUUUUUUUCCCAAAAAAAAUGUGUCCAGAUAGGCCUUGGUUAUUUUGCACUCCUUCUCUUCUUUAAAGAUAUUAGGGUACUUCUCUGUCGACUGAUACUUCUUCUCCUCCAAAAUGAUCCUAUAAAUACAUGUACAGGAGUUUGGGAGGUUCUAAUAGGUUCAUUUUGUAUAUCAUAAUUCAAUUUAUAUGUAGCUGACCGUUCCUGUUCAUAGUGCUCAGUAUGCUCCAAUAAAAGGACAAGAAAAAAGUUCUUGUUGAGAACUCUUUCAAAUAUUGCUUACAUUCCUCUUUCGACUCUUUGAGCAUCUUUCAGUACCUAUUGCAUACCUUCAGUGAAAUGACUCAAUGGACUUUCUAACAUUCUAGCUGUACAUAAAACAGUUUUACGUAGUUGUAUGAAUGUAGCUUUCCAUUAAAAAAAAUUCAGUCUACAUGUACAAAAUGAUUACGGUAGCUUUUUACCAUGAAGCAUUGGCCUUGAUAAUCUGUUAGCAUAUGCCACAAGGCUUGAAAUUACCCAAUUCACAUAUAGUAAUAAUUUUGACUUACUUUCAAGAGGCAUCAUGCAGGUUACCGAUUCAUCAUUAUACAUUGCGGUUAACAGGAAGAAAUGUCAUACAGGCAAAAAAUGUUUCAAUAUACCGAUUCCAGCCUAAGCAAGUCUUUUGUCAUGAUGUUUACCAUCAUUACAGAUGCAAGAACUUGUUUCUCAGCAUACUAUAUAACAAGGAAAUCUGUUUAAAUGUUAUGGAUGAAUAUUAUGUUCAUGCUGGUAUCAUUAAUUGCCAUAUUUUUACUAACUAUAUUGAAUUGAAAUGAAUCGGUUUAUUAAAAGCAACAGGCUGAUAUUGUCUGUUUUUACAAAGUAAUCAGAUAUUUACAUUAUAAUACAAAAAUCAAAAUAUGUAAGUAAUAUAUCAAUGGUAACAUCUCACAGCAAUGUUAUGUAACAUUUUGAAAUGUAUCAAAGAUGUGGACAAGUAGUUCAUCAAAAUAAUUUAGGCAGUGCCAUUAAGUAUUUAAUAAUAAAUCUCAUUGAGCAUGCUCAGGAAUAUUAUAUAGAAUUUCGAAGAUUGCAUUUGUUGCUGUAUAAAAAUGAAUAAAUGGCAUUUAUUUUGUGAAAAAAGGGGGAUGCACUCUAUUUCUAUUAUUAUAUUGUGUUUACCUUUUAAUACGGACAUUCUCCUUGAAUCAAGCUUUGUCAUUUUAGAAACUUUCAUAAUUACAGAAUUGCAUAUUUUGAUGUCAGAAGUAGGAAAAGUUUAAAGUUACUAUGUAAAUGGUGGCAUUUCCUUGUUUGUAAAAACAUACAAGCUUGGAAAAAAUUGUUCUCAACACAUUUUUAACUUUAUCCCAACAAUACGCAAUAUUCUUUCAGCUAUCUGUUAUUUUCUGGGAACCUUACAAUUGUACUCUUAUGCAUAUGUACAAGUGAAGCUUGAACAUCUACAAAGUUGACUUUCUAUUUUCUAAGUUUAUUUCUAUCUUGAAUACAUAUAUUGAAAUCAUGAAUCAUCUGUUGUACAUUUUCUUUUCAAGAAAGAUGUUGUUUCAAUAUACUCUAGAACCUUGUCAAUAAAACUAUCAAUUUGAUAUUGAA